AACUCCUGAGCUUGCAGCAUCAGCACCACACACGCUGCUUCAGCGUUAGCGUGACAAACUGAAGACCCUAGAAGAUAACUUAACAUUAGAUUUUCCUUGUCGAAAACAAGCGUUUUGACUUUCACAGCUGACAGCACACCUGUAAUUAAAGCAAUGUCAGUGAGCUUUAAGUUAAUCUAGUAGUCAGGUAGUGUUAAGAGACGUUUGGACAGAACAGAGAGCUGACGUUAGAGCAGCUAACAAGACAGACUUCCCCUGCCAUGGCAGCUGGUGUCAGCAUACUGAGUGACUUGUCUUACUCCAUGAGUGGAGCACGCAGUGGAGACUUCAGCACAGACAUGGAAACAGCCAAUGCUAGGGUCCCUACAGCAAAGUACACCAAGAUGGGUGAGACCCUGAGGCACGUCAUCCCUGGUCACAUGCAGUGCUCCAUGGCCUGUGGAGGGAAAGCCUGUAAAUAUGAGAACCCCUCUCGCUGGAGUGAUGAGGAGCAAGCUAUCAAAGGACUGUACUCGUCCUGGAUUACUGACAACUUGCUAGCAAUGGCAAGGCCUUCUACUGAAAUCAUAGAGAAAUAUAAUAUAAUUGAACAGUUCCAAAGGUGUGGUUUGAAGACGGUCAUCAACCUACAGCGGCCAGGAGAACAUGCCAGCUGUGGCAACCCGCUGGAGCAGGAGAGCGGUUUCACUUAUCGACCCGAGAUUUUCAUGGAGGCAGACAUUUAUUACUACAACUUUGGGUGGAAGGAUUAUGGUGUGGCCUCUCUGACAACAAUCCUUGAUAUGGUGAAAGUCAUGUCCUUUGCUGUCCAGGAGGGGAAACUGGCUGUCCACUGCCAUGCUGGUCUUGGAAGAACAGGUGUAUUGUUGGCUUGUUACUUGGUUUUCACGUCCCGGAUGAGUGCUGACCAAGCCAUCCUGUUUAUGCGAGCCAAGAGACCCAACUCCAUCCAGACCAGAGGGCAGCUCCUGUGCGUCAGGGAGUUCGCCCAGUUUCUAGUUCCUCUACGAAGCGUCUUUUCCUGUGCGGAACCCAAAGCGAGCGCUGUCACCUUGUCUCAGUACCUCACCCGACAGCGCCACCUGCUGCACGGCUACGAGGCUCGACAGAUGAAGAAUGUGCCAAAAAUCGUCCAGCUGGUGUGCAGGCUCCUCAUCGACAUUGCGGCCAACAGACAGGUGGCAGUCAAGGAGGAGUGGUCAGAGAUCCCCGACCUCACGGCUGAGGUCGAGAAGACCGUGUCCCAGCAGGCUCUUCAGCAGCUCGGGAAAGAGAUGAGAGGGAAGGGGAUUCCCGUUCCACCCUGCACAUCUCAACCUCUCAGCCCACUGGCUCUGCAGUCCAAACCUCUUCAUGAUCAACCUCUCAUCAGUGAUAAUGAGCUUGACCCUCUGUGGAGACAGCAGAACGUAGAAAGCCCUCUGAGAUCUUCUUUGUCCAACAACAGGAGCCUCAGUUACAGUGAUUCUGUUCUUCACAAACUUGGUCCACUGCAGCACCAUUUAGGAAAUCUGAAGAGUAACAGACCAAUCAGCUGCCCGAUCACACAUUCCUUGUCUCACAGCUGCCUUACAGCCUGUAAUCCUCCCAGAUUUUGUGACCUCCCUACUCAGGAUAUUAUCAGUAACAUUCAGGAGCCUGAUACAGAAGCAAAACAAGAUACAGGGUCCACUCUUUUAAAAAAACAGCUAUACAAGGGCAAUCAGAGUUUGUCUUUAGAUCUGUCUGCUCAGGGAAGAAGAUCCCACUGUAACACCACACUGCCAGCCUUACCAACCAAGAGCAAACUGGUAACCGGUGAGGAGCAACCACGUGUUGAUGUGUCAGUGGGUGCAGCAGCCAGAGAGAAUGUGCCAGAGGCUCCUGACAUCACCCUCCAGUCCGAGCUCUCCCCAGAGAGCAGGCACCUGUUGGUGGCCAAAGCCCUGGCCAUGGAGCUGACAGACACAGAUCUCACCUCCAAGGUGUCACUGUGGCAGACAGAGCUGAACUCCAAAGAGGGAGCGUGGGAGAGGCUGUGCAUGGAGAGAGAUCCUCUGCUCCUGUCCAGUCUGAUGUGGUCGUGGCUGGAGCAGCUCAAAGAUCCAGUCAUCAGCAGCGAGGAUAUAAAGGCCCUCAGCGAGAAGAACGUCAAUCCACAGAACGCCCUGGACUCACUGGAAAAGGGCCACAGACUCACUUUGCUGUGCAUCCUGGACUGUGCUGCUCAUCUCCUGCCAAUGCCUGAACAAGUAGAGGCCAGUUUUCUAAACCAAACAAUAAAAGUGUUUACUAAGAUCGAUCCUGCCUCAGAGAAGAAUGAGUGUUUGUACACGAUCCUAAAAGCAAUCCUGACUCCCAUUCUUCAUGAGCUGCGUGACAAAGCUGUGGAGGAGAGUGAAGACUCCUGAUCCAGCCUCAACAGGACCGGUCUGACACGAGGAAGACUCACAGAUAUUUUGGGGCAUUACUGUAUUUUGACGCCAGUUCCUCGUAUCAGAUACUGCUGCCAAUCUUUUAGUCCUUUAAGAUAUUUGAAGGUUUAGCAUUUUGUUUUUGUUGGGAGCUCUUAGCACUGCCAUCUCUAUGUUAAUGUGCCACUCAGUUUGAAAACGUUUGUGUUGUCAUCUGUUCCACUAUAAUAUUUGCAAGGGAUAGAUGUUGCUUUUAAUAUCUAACUGCUAGUUGGUAGGAAAAUGACUGAGAAACAUUCUCAUGAUGUUAGUGUAUCAUUAUUUAAAGGUGUAAUGUCGGGUGGGUGGGUGGGAGGGUCUUAUUUAAACCAAAAGAAGUUUUACACUGUGCAGAUGCUACAAUGUGUCUUAUUUAUUCAGAUCUUCUUAUAUGAAAUGCAGCAGUAGGUUUACUAAAUGUAACCUGAUGACAAAUUAGAAGGUUGCUUCGUUUGUGUAGGAUGUAAAGUGUUUUCUUAGAGUCAAAUGCAAACUAUGGCUAUUGUUAUGGCAAUGCAAAGUCAGCAGUGCAUUUGCUUUUCCAAUCGAUUUUAUGUCUUUAAUACUUCGUGCACCAAAAACCUCUCACUGUACUGUUGUGUCGUACAUGCAUUUGUAAAACAUCAAUCUGCCUCCACUGUUGCAUUCGGCAAAGUGUUGUCUGCCUCAGUUCAAAUGGCCUCUGUCAGGAUUGUAUCACACAGCUGUGUGUAACAUCGCCUCGCCUGUGUGUAUAUGUGUGUGUGUGUGUGCGUGUGUGUGUAGCCGUUGAACCAGGAGCUCUGAUUCAACUGUUAUAAGCCUCAUGUAUGUACGGACACAAUUUUAAUGUAUAUCCGCUGACACGCUGAAUGUGGGACACUGAUGAUAAUAAUUAUAUGAAGGACAGGAGACGAUGUACUGUGUGGGGGAUUUUCAACAAGCACUAUUUUUUCAUUGUUACAGCGGGCUACUUCUUCGAGAAUUAAACAAAACCUACUGCGAA